AUGAUUCCAUCAAUAUUUAUUAUACUUGAUAGAUUACCAUUGAAUCCAAAUGGAAAAAUAGAUCGAAAACUUCUUCCUCCGCCUGACUUCUUAUCCCUCGGUCCUGAUUAUGACAGUAAUGUACCGAUUACUACUCUUGAACAGCAAUUACAACAGAUUUUCAGUCAAGCUUUCCAUAUGGAAUUUCCACCUAUUGACGUUCCUUUUGGUCAGCUCGGUGGAACAUCGUUAGAUGCUGUACGUGCAAUUACAUUAAUACGACAACAGGUACAUACUAGUAUUAGCAUUAGUCUUCUAUUUACUAAUCCAUCUAUUCGACAAUUGGCUAUAGCAAUAGAACCAUUGCUGAUUUCGAACCAAACACCAGAGACAGUUUUGACGGUUGAUCAGCCGCAGGAAACAUACGUUUAUCUUGCACCUUCACUUGUUAUAGAAUCUGUAGGUGUUAUACUUGUUCUUUGCCAAUGGUUAUGGCCACUUAUGAUAAUUUAUCGAUGGUAUCCAUUACUUUUUCCAAUCUUACCAGUAUCUCAUCUACUGUUCUAUGUGAUGUGUUCACGUCUACUUUCACCACGAAACAUAAAAGCCGACGAUGUCUUUUCAUGGAACUAUUAUAGAUGGUGGUUUUUAGAUCGACUAUGGAAGAAUAAUACAUUUUGGUUACAACAUAUGCUUGGUACACAAUUGUAUAAUUAUUAUCUUCGUCUUUGUGGUGCUCAUAUAAGUUCUAGUGCGCAUAUUAAUACCACAAUUGUUGAUGCUCCAUGGUUGUUAGAAAUUAGUAAUGAAACUUGGAUUUCUGAUCAAACAUUGCUAAAUUGUUUUCAUUUUAAUGAUGACAACACUUUUGAAUUAUAUCCAAUUAGGAUCGGUUCUAAUUGUUCAAUCGGCACACGAUCGAUUCUAUUCGAUGGAGUUGAUAUGAAAGAUAAUAUUAUUGUUCAACCAAUGUCAUUGGUUACUGGUCUCAUUGCAUCUAAAACAAUACUCGAUGGUGAAGAGCACAAACUUAUUUCGUCGGAUGGCUCUAUUGUACAUAGUAACAGAUCAUUAUCGACAUGGCAUAAGAUCUACCAAAUUAUAGUACUCAUCUCGUUAAUAUGUAUUCAUUAUACACUUUUGAUUUUUAUCUACAAAAUUCAUUCAAUUGAACAAAUACCACUACCUAUCAGUAUUGCUUUUUGCUGGAUUUUAUGGUCAAUCGCUGGUUGUUUUAUUUCUAUUAUUCUGCUUAAAUUCGUAGUCGGUUCUUGCACUGCUGGUGAUAUAUAUCAAACAGCAUCAUGGUCAUAUUUACAUAAGUUAUGGCUUCGCCAAUUAAUUGCAUCCAGUUUUCAACAUGCCUGGUUGCUACCGUCUGCUUACGAUGACAUUUAUCCUCAUGUUCUUCGUUGGUUAGGUGCUCAUAUUGAAGAUAAUGUUAAACUUGCUGAGGUUGGAAUUUUCCUAUCUUGUCCAACAAAUCUACUAGAACUUGAAACUGGGGUCACUACUUUUGGUUCAGUAUUAAUAGUUCCCACUGAGAUAACACUAUCAGGCGACCAUCGUGUUGAUCGUAUAACGUUUGGCGCCCAUACAAAUCUUGCGAAUGGAUGUUCAAUUUUGCCUGGCAGUCGUCUUGCUUCUGAGACAAUGGUUGGUAAUUUAACUCGCAUUUCUCGAGAAAUAAAUAGCAAACAAGGAGAAGUCUUUAUGGGGGUUCCGGCUCGAGUGAUGCCCUUCAAAAUGCCUCUAAGAUCAAAUAUGACCGAUCAAAUUAAAACUAUUUCACUGUGGCGUACAUGUUACUUCCAUUUCAUCGGCAAAUGCCUUUUGGUGAGCAUUUACUCAUCAGGUGGUCUCUUUGGUGGAUCUAUAAUUCAUGUAGCACUUAUUUGUGGUCUUAACCGAUGGCAUUCAUAUAUAAGUAAUGAACUAGUUCAACAGCUAUCAGACAGACUAACACAUGAUUAUCAACAAUUUAUUUGUCCAUUCCUUAGCAAUACACAAUGGUUGAUUCGGUUAUUUCGAACAUUAGGAGCGCAUAUUGGUGAAGGGGUGAUCUUACCUGAUUUUUCCUGCAUAACUGAUUAUCAUUUGAUAACCAUUGGAGAUAACGUUCGACUUAAUAUACAUGCUAAUAUUCAAUGUCACAGUUUUGAACAACGUAUUCUAAAACGUGCUCCUGUGAUAAUUGGAAAUUCAUGUGUACUGAUGAGUAGUUCAUUAGUGAUGGCAGGCUGCAAAUUAAUGGGUAACAAUCGACUUUAUCCUUACACAUUGAUAAUGAAAAAUGAUCUCUUACUACCAAAUACUCAAUGGAAAGGACUUCCUGCCAAACUUUUGACGACACAAGUAACAUCAUCUCAAUUUGUAUUGUUUCGUGAUAAUGAAGUUGAACAACAGCCAUCAUCUGAAGAUGUUGAUAGCUUAUCAUUCUGGUAUGAAUGGAUUGCAAAUGCUUAUUCGAACGUUGAUGAAUUACAAUUCAUGAAUUAUGGAUAUGCAGACUUUGAUGAACACAUUGACAAUGACAGCAACUACUGUUCAAAACAACUAUAUAAAGAGGUCCUUGCUCAAGUAUCACUUACAAAUCAGACUGUACUUGAAGUGAGUUGUGGUAGAGGUGCUGGUGCUGUUUGGUGCGUUGAUAAUUAUGUACCUGAUUCUUAUGUGGGAGCUGAUCUUUCUUCAGGUGUUAUUGAUGUAUGUCGACAACGUCAUUCGAUGAAGCCUCGACUUUCCUUCGUAGUAGCCGAUGCAACAAAAUAUUUGCCAUUUGCAAAUGAGUCACUCGAUAUUGUUAUUUGUGUUGAAGCAACACAUGCUUAUGGUGGACCAAUAGCAGUUAAACAAUUUGCUAGUGAAGUUGCUCGUGUACUUCGUCCAAAUGGAUAUUUUCUUUGGUGCGACUUAUGCCACAUAGAUGGAUCAGAUACAUCAAUUGAUUAUUUAACAGCAAACGGUAAAUUGAUUGUUGAAGAAAAGAUAAAUAUUACAAGAAAUGUCCUUCAUGCACUCGACAUUCAGAGCAACACUCGUACCCAAUUUAUUGAACGUUAUGUUCGACCAAGAGAACAAGAAUAUUUUCGUUUGUUUGCUGGAUUGCCUGGUACUCCGAUGUACAAUGGAAUGGAUGAAGGACGUAUACAGUACUGGCGAGCUAUAUUUCGAAAGAAAACAACAACCGAUAUGUCUAUUACUAGAGUACGCCGUCUGUCAUUCCCUAGUAUCCCUCACUAUUAG